AGCGGCACCUCCUUCGUCAUCGACGGCAAACCAGGAUACUACGCAGGGACCAAUGACUACUGGAUCGGCUUCCUAACCAAUAACUUAGACGUCGACGCCGCCCUAGACGACAUCGCCGCCUCGGGUCUCCGCAUUCUGCGCAUCUGGGGCUUCAACGACGUCACUUCCGUUCCCGGCGCCGGCACCGUCUACUACCAACACCUGUCGUCUACCGGGUCUACCAUCAAUACGGGCGUCGAGGGUCUUCAACGCCUCGACUACGUCGUCAACGGCGCGGCAUCCAGGGGCAUCAAGUUGAUUAUUAACUUUGUAAACAACUGGGAUGAUUACGGCGGCAUAUCGGCCUACUUAAGCGCCUUCGGCGGCACACACCAGACCUGGUUCACCAAUACAGCCGCGCAGGCGCAGUAUCAGAAAUACAUCGCCGCCGUUGUGUCGCGGUACAAGAACAGCCCCGCCAUCUUCGCCUGGGAACUGGCCAACGAGCCGCGAUGUAAUGGGUGCGAUACGAGCGUCAUAUACAACUGGGCCAAAACCAUGAGCGAGUAUGUGAAGUCGCUUGAUCCGAACCACAUGGUCACGCUGGGGGACGAGGGUUUCGGGUUGUCCGGGGAUGGGAGUUACCCCUAUUCGUACGGCGAGGGCGUGGAUUUCGUCAAGAAUUUGGGGAUUGGGACACUGGAUUUUGGAACGUUUCAUUUGUAUCCGGAUUCUUGGCUUCAGACGUACGAGUGGGGGAAUCCGUGGAUACAGGCACACGGGGCGGCUUGUGUGAAUGCAAGGAAGCCUUGCCUGUUUGAAGAGUAUGGGGCUCCCAGCGAUCACUGCGCCCUUGAGUCGCCCUGGCAGAAAACCGCACUCGCUACGAAUGGAGUGAGCGGUGAUUUGUUUUGGCAGUUUGGCGACACGCUGCCCGUUGGGGGCCAGACGUCGGAUGAUGGAAACACCAUCUUUUAUGGGACUGACGAGUGGGAGUGUCUUGUUACUGACCACAUUGCUGAUAUCGAAGCGGCUUCAUGA